UUGUGUUGAUUUGUUUCUCUGUUUGCUUUCCCUGCAAGUUUAGGUUUACGGGAAGAUCGUUAAAUCUUGAACGGAAAAGGUUGUCUCCGGCGUGUGGGUGGUGGUUUCACACUAACCGGGGUCAACCCUCCAUAAAAAAAAUCAAUGGCGACUACAAUGAAAGGCCUUCUCAAGGGCCUUCGUUAUAUUACUCAAAUUUUUGACGAAGAGAAAGAGGAGGAGAUGCAGAUAGGAUUCCCAACAGAUGUAAAGCAUGUUGCCCACAUUGGCAAUGAUGGUCCAGCCACCAAUGCGCCAAGCUGGAUGAAUGACUUCAAACCUCAAGAACAUGAGCAAGGUCAAGUCGUUUCAAGAGGAAACUCCAACAAAUACAACCCUCAAGAGAUGAACCAAAGUGGAGCCGGGCUAAAAGAAUUGCUUCCACCAAACACCAACGAGAAACAAAAACAGAAAACAAGGCGUAAACCCGGGUCAGCGGCUAGUCCAAACCAUAAUGGUGGUUCUGCAUCAUCAGAUGGAUCAGUGAAGCAGUCAAGACAUAACAGAAGCAAGCACGGGUCAAUGGACUCAUCAUUGAGUGAUCAAGAACCUUCAGUACGUAGUAGAAGGCGUGGUGGUGGUGGUAGCAAAGACACAGAAGGUUCUUCUAAUCUUAUUAUUCCUGAUGGUUCAGCGCCACCAAGGAAGGCUACAUCGAGACCGAGGAAACUAAAAGGAUCGAUAGGAGGAGAAGGGUCGGUGAAGAAAUCAUCAAAAGGAACAGUUGAUGAUACAUGUAACGAUAUUAUCUGAGA